CCAGCGUACGCUUCUGCCUCCCUGCCUGCCUCUCUUCGUCGCCGCCUCCUCCUCUGGCGCCAACCCCGGCCCUGGCUCUCCCCGUUCCACCCCUGGGACUCGGGAAGGCGGAGGGAAGGGGGCCCGCGGGGAGAGUCAUAAGAAGAGAGGAAGGGGAUGGCAGGGGGCGAGGGACCGACGGCCCCUGGCCGCCUGCUUGGGGCACUGUGCCUCUUCGCUGCCGCUCACUUUCACCUGGUGCACGGGAGGGAAACCGGAGCAGACUGGACCCUGGAGAAGUAUUCUCACCAACCAAGAGUUUUACAUUCUGAUGAUAUUAAAAAAGUGGCAGCAAACACAGAUGUUUCUAUAAUGUGGGAGAAUGAUUUACGUCCUAUCCUGAUAGAAAGAUACCCGGGAUCACCAGGAAGUCAUUUCGUACGCCAGCAUAUCAAGCACCGUCUUCAAAGGUUGCAGGCUGGUUGGGAGAUUGAAGAAGACACAUUUCAAAGAUACACACCAUAUGGGUAUCAGACAUUUUCAAACAUUAUCAGCACUCUAGACCCCACUGCAAAACGCCAUCUAGUACUUGCUUGCCACUAUGACUCAAAAUUCUUUGGUCAAUGGCAGGAGAGAGCAUUUGUAGGAGCGACUGAUUCUGCGGUGCCCUGUGCCAUGAUGUUGGAGCUGGCACGUGCCCUGGAUAACAAGUUUCAGUUAAUCAAGACCAGCUCAACAUCAAGACCAGACCUUUCACUUCGGCUCAUUUUUUUUGAUGGUGAAGAAGCCUUUGUCCGGUGGUCCCCUUCGGAUUCCCUCUACGGGUCUCAACAUUUAGCUCAAAAAAUGGUAUCUACACCACAUCCACCUGGAUCAACGACCACAAAUCAGCUGCAAGGCAUAGACCUGUUCGUACUACUGGAUUUAAUUGGUGCACCAAACCCAGUCUUUCCCAAUUAUUUUCCAAACACUAUUCGAUGGUUUCAGAGGCUUCAAGCAAUUGAGGAAGAGCUACACAACAUGAACCUGCUGAAGAAUCACCUUGUGGAAAGGCAGUAUUUCCCAACUACUUUACAUCAAGGCUUAGUUGAAGAUGACCACAUUCCAUUUUUAUUAAGAGGGGUUCCAGUCCUACAUCUGAUUCCAUCCCCUUUUCCAGCAGUAUGGCAUACCAUGGAGGACACAGAAGAAAACCUUGACAAAACCACUAUUGACAAUCUCAUCAAAAUCCUGCAGGUGUUUGUACUGGAAUAUCUCAACCUGUGAUACACAAAAUGGCAUCAAAUCAAACUCUAAAUAUUAUUUGCCCACCUUCACAUUUGCUAUUUAAUUGUAUUGGAGACCUCUAAAGCAAAGCAAAAUAGGAUGAUAGCUCUUGCCAGACUGAUUGAUUCAGCUGUUCCUGGCCCAAUGUUCCAUGUAGCCAAGUAAGAUAGCAUUAAGUAAGUAUUAGUUUCAACCUGGAAAGAAUGUGAUCUUUCCCUGUUUUAUUUCUGAGUCAAAACCACCAGAAUUUUUCCAGACUGUUAUCACUGGUUUAUGCCACAUACUGAGACCCAAGUGGGAAUAUCUCCCGUCUUGUUAGCUACAGUUUUUACAAGGUGCAUCAGCUUCUACAGUGUCCAGCAAUGGAAAUGUAUACCACAUUCUCUGGAGAGGCAAAAGAUACACUAAACCAAACUGCUGCUUUGGGUUGAACUAAACCACCUCUCAUCCUGAAAUGAGUUGCUAGAACUACUGACACACAGAAGGAUUUUUAAUCCUCUCUGCUUCCUCUCCUCUUUCCCCUGCAAGGAAGGCUGCAGUGACUCUUAUAUGCAGACAGCAGGCCACCAGGACACAGAAAAAUAACCCAAAUUAAUUUUUCUCCCUGUUGUUUGUUGGAUACUUUUUGAUCCAAGGGUGGUGGGGAGUGAUGCUGAGAGGAAGAAAUCUCACAGGUUCCAUCAUACUUUGACUGCAACACAGGAGAUGUAAACCAAAUAGUGGGCAGUGUGUGGGAACAGUGCCCCAGCACACACCAUUCAUUCAUGUGAGAAUCAUUCACAAUUUAACCCAAAAAGAAAAAUAAACCCCCCGAAAUCCUGCUGUUUGAAAUACAGAUGGCAUCAAAAGUAAUCAUACUAGGAAAGUGAUCACUUCAGAACUAGUUUUAUAUAAAUAUAGUCAUUUUAAAGGCAAAUUAUCAAGAGUAAUGUAAAUAUGAAAGUCAGAAGCCAAGAAGACAAUUCAAGCACCAAAAUGUAAGGGCAGGCCAUAACCUGUGUUAGAAAAAGACACCAGUUUAAGAACCCUGUGCUUUCACAUUCUUUACUAGACCUAUUCAGUAAAUUUAAUACAACACUCUGGCAAAAACCUAGGCUGGAAUGAAAUCACUAGAAGCCAGAAGAACAGUAUCCAAAACCCACCCAUGUAAUUAUGGUUUCCACUGGUGAGAAAACAAUGAGAGCAUUUAAAGAAAAACA